GUGAGAUUUUAUUUUGAUCUCUCAUUGAAUGUUGGACGCUGUUUCUCUAAAGUUGUAUUAUUCAAAAUUUAAAAAACGACAAGAAUUAUGUGCGAUUCUCUGUGUAAAUAAACUGUAUGAAAGCUAAAGCAAUGACGAGCCUAUAUAUUAUUUAAGGACAGCCCGGUAAAUGGUUAUGUUCUUGCGCUUCCCAAUACUCUCACCCACUGUAGGAGCGAAAAUUAGAAAUUGUCUAUUCCAAAUUACUGCCGCCUGUUGAUACGAGGAAUUAUCAAAGAAAUUGUGGCGGCAUGAUUAAUUAUCUGUACCAGCUGAUGUGGCUUGUACUGCAUAUACUAGCCAGCAUAUAUGAAACUUUGCAUUUUGUACUGUUGCGGUUGCAAGCGCUAUUACUUUGGUCAUAUGACCUAUCGUACAAUAGUACGACGUUAACGCGCCGCGAUCGCGCUUUUCUACAACGCUGCAAAGCUGAAUUAACAAAAUUGCCCCGACAUCUAAACAUAAUCAUUGGCCCCGAUCCACUUGCAAGUGUCAAUGAAUCAGUGGUUGCACGCAUUUUAUCGUAUGCGCAAAUAAUUGGUAUUGAUUGCGUCAGUUUGUACGAUCUUCGUAGCAAAUUGGAUGGGCAAAUUUCAAUAGAAAACUUGUGUAAGUCAAGUAAAGCGUCCUGGAGCAAAUUGCAGCAUAACCAAUUUGAAUGGGGAUUGGAUACUCCUGCACCGGAAACAAAAACUCUAGAUAAGAACGGUUAUAAGGAGAAUGGUGUGCACCAAGAAAAUGGCAGCGCAUGUAAUGGUGACAUAUAUCAAAAUAAAACGCCGGCACAUUUGAAAAUUUAUCAAAUCAGUGAUAUAGACAACCGUGCAGCGAUAGCAAAGAUCUGUCGUGAAUUAUUCGAGCAACGUAAAACCACCAAAGUGCAAAAUCUACUAACCGAUCGCAAACAACUAGAACAACACAUUAGUGAUGAAUUAGCCAAGCACAUAAAAUGGAAAAUUGUAGAUCCAGAAUUUAGCAUAAUAUUUAAUAGGGACAUGUGCACUUUUGGCAUGCUCCCUUGGCAGACAAGAUUCACGGAAUUCCACACCUUCGAGACGGGCCGCUAUGUGAACGCAGAAAGUUUCGCGAAAUUGCUAUAUGGAUAUUCAAAAUGUGAACAGCGUUGGGGGAAAUAGUUAUUUAAAAUAGGGAAAUAAUUAAGCAAGGGCUUUCUUUAACUGGGUAAAUCAAUUCUAAUAUACGAGUAUAUAGAGAAAAAAAAUGUGUGCAAUAUUUCACUCACAGUUUAUAACGCUUAUUCUAAAUUAACUUGAUGAUGCACACGUUUUCACAUUGUACGAGGAAUAUUUAGUAUUUAUAUAAAAAAAAAAAAAAAAACAUUUUAAUACGUACAGUUUAUUCUUGAGGUUAUGAGCUAAGUUAAAUGUUUAGAAACAAAUUGAAUCAUAUUUUUGUCAAGGUGCAAAUAAACCGCCUUCGAAAUAAUAAGUGAAUUAUGUAUGUAUUCUUAUGGAAGCGAAAUGGAUGGCAUGUAAAUGACGUAUUUAAAAUACAUAUGUAUGUAAUAUUUAAA